AUGCGUGUGCCUAUUCAUCCUUCGUCCACUCCUCUACAAGCUCGUUGCUUACAGGAUUCGGCAUUUGGACAACGCAUGCAUUGUAUGCCACCUCCUGAGCUCCCAAACAAAUGGCCGCUGGGCAUCGAUCGAGUGCGCGAACUUUGGACCUCGAAUGCUGAGGGCCGUCUUUUGUCCUUCUUGUGCUCAAUCGCUAAGGAUUACGAGCCUCGCAAUAUGCUCUCUCAAUACCUGAUCUUCGGCCCUCGAGCUUUUCACAUUCUCGAACCCCGAAACCUGGAGGCAGUUUUGUCUUCAAAUUUCGUCGAUUACGGCUUUGGAGUUCGUGGUGAGAUUUUUGCUCCUCUUCUAGAUCGAGGCAUCUUUACCCAGGAGGGGCUUGCCUGGAAGCACUCUCGUGAGCUUUUGCGCAAACAAUUUGUCCGAGCGCAAUAUCAGAAUCUCAGCCACUUCCAAGAGCAUGUAGACAAUCUUUUGAACCAUAUGCCAAAAGAGGGAGUGGUGAAUUUGCAACCCUUGUUCUUCAGCCUCACAUUGGACACAACCACGGCUUUGUUGAUGGGCAGGUCGGUCUACAGCCUGAGAGCAAAUAUUGACCAGGACGCCGAAAACCGAGAUUUCUCUGAGAGCUUCAAUUUAGCUCAAGAAGGGCUUGCAAAACGAUUCCGUAUAGCUCCAUGGCACGCUCUGUACAAUCCACCAGCCUUCCGGCGGGCCUGUAAAACUGUCCACGCUUAUGUGGAGCGAUAUAUCGAGCAAAGAGAUCUCUCGAACAAGAAAAGCUGCUCGGACGAAACCGUGUACGGUUUCAUCGACCAGAUAGCCACAGAGUCAAACAACAGAACCGAGCUCAGGGACCAGCUACUGAACAUCCUCCUCGCUGGUCGCGAUACGACGGCCUGUUGUUUGUCGUGGACAUUUCGUCUUCUCGUCCGCCAUCCUCAAGUGAUGGAACGCCUCCGAGCAGAAGUCGCCGCUGUCACGGGGGACUGUGGACACCCGUCAAGAGAGCAGAUCCGAAAGAUGCCUUUCCUCUCGUGCGUCAUCAAGGAGAGUCUCCGCUUGUAUCCACCGGUGCCUCUGAACAACCGGCAAGCAAUUAAAACAACCGUCUUACCAACGGGUGGCGGACCGGAUGGGAAGCACCCGAUCUUGGUCAGAAAAGGCGAAGUCGUGGUGUUUUCGCAAUACGUGAAUUCUCGCGUAAAGAGCAUAUAUGGGCCAGACGCAGAUGAAUUCCGCCCUGAAAGAUGGGACGGUGAUGAACUCACAAAGAUUGGCUGGGCGUAUUUUCCCUUCAAUGGAGGGCCGAGACAGUGUCUGGGCGAAGAUUUUGCACUGAUGGAGGUCUCGUAUACGACAGUGAGGCUGCUGCAGGCGUGCUCAAGCCUUGAUUUGCCGGACGGCGAAAUCAAUGAACGUGUGGGCCAGGAGAAACAAAGGCUGACACUUGUCUUGUCAAGCGCCGAUGGCUGUAGGGUCAAGUAUGUUCGACGAUAG